GAUUGUUCAUAGUUCUUGGCAACGCUGGCUCGCGUGCAUUGAAAAAGUACAGCGACUCGAUCGGGCUCGGCGAAACAAAAAUUGGUCGUGUUUUUCGCAUAAUUUUCCACUAAAACCGGUUAAAAUCCGUAGAAUCGAACGUUGCGCGUGUGGUAACGGUGAAAAGUGCCCGACAAAAGUGGAAUUCACCGGUGAAAAGUGCAGUGGAAAAGUUAUCGCGUUCAGCACUUUGAAAGACGACGAAGAAGAGGAGCUGCUUCUCUGCCUGGACAUCUUUCUCUUGGUUGGGAAGUUUCGUAGAGGGUGUGGUGGAGGAAGUGUUCGGAAAGGCAGAAUCAACGCACUCUUGUGUUGGCCAACGGGCAUCGAAAGCAGGAGUGGAAAAGGGACGGAACGCCAUCCCGGGAGUGAGUGAGAUAGCCACGCGGCGGCGGCUUUUGCACGGAGAGAAGAAGGCAAAAAGUGUUGUAUAGAGUGUUAUAGGUGGAGAAAAAAUGGAAGCGGAAUCAAAACUGGCGGAGGUCGCUGUCGCCUCUAACAAUGGUGCAACUUCCGGAGAACCCCAGGAUCCGGCCGUUUUGAAGGAGAAGCUGGCGGAUGAGUUGAAGUCGGCGGCUUCCCUCAAAGGAGGCGGGGAUGGACCAGCAUUGGACGUUCCUCUGGAGAAGGACGACCUUCUGGAACGGUUGGAUAAAAUCGACACCGACUCCACCGAGGCAGUGAACAAAGCAUCCGCUGACGGCACUGCUGCAUCUACGAACGAUACGGACAUGGAGAACGACGACCUCAUUCAGAGGUUGGAAGCCAUGGAGAAGGGCGAGGAGGAAGCUUCACCCGAUACCGAAGAGAAAAAGGAAGAAGCUGCUGCCACUGCCACUGAAGCCGUUGAAACGAACCACCAAAAUGGUUUGGAGAAGGAAAAUGAAGCGGAACUCCUGCAGGAAGACGAACCGAAGAAGGAAGUAGAGGAAAAGAUGGAAGUGGAUGCUAGUGAAAACAAGAAGGAGGAAGUUUCGUCGACUGAACCCACGUCGAAUGGUACUCCGACUCAGGAAGAAGCAGAUGCACCCACAAGCUCGGUGAAACGUCGUCAUUCACAGGACGAUGAAUCGCAAACUACCGAACCAUCUACGAAGAAGGCUCAUGUCGAUGAGGAAGUUGAUUCGGUUGAAAAGACGGAGGCCAGCGAAGCUAAGCCAGAAGACAAGGCAGUUGAAGCCGAGGUUGUGGAAGCGCCCAAGGAUAAUGAAGCCGACAAAAAAUCUGUCGAAAAGGUUGAAGAACCUGCUAAAACAGAAGGUGCUCCUGUUGCCGAGUCGACUGUGACAGAAGAGGAGCCAAAGGAGAAGGAAUCCACGCAAGAAACCGAGGAAAAGGUUCCAUCUGAAGAGUCUGUUAAAGAAGAUGAGAAGUCGGUUGAAGAAAAGCCAAAGGAGGAUGCAGUUGCGAAAGAGGUAGAGGAACCCAUGGAAGUCAGCGAAGUAAAAGAGCAACCUGCGAAAGCAGAAGAAGUUGCAGUCGCUGAGCCGAAGGAGGAAGUGGAUUCUACGCCAGUAGUUUCUGCGACGGAGUCUUCCGAAGUGAGUGCCGAACCAGAAAAGGCAGCUGAAACCGAAGCGAAAGUCGACUCAGAGGCGGUGACCGAAGAGAAAAAACAGGUUGAGGAAGAAGCUAAAACUGAGGAGACCGUUGCAAGUGUUUCGGAGGAAAAACCAGCUGAGGAAGCGGCAGAAGCAUCAUCCGCUGUGGUUGCAGAGGAAGAGUCCGAGAAGAAGGUUGAUGAAGUAAAAAAAACUGAUGCCGUCAACUCAACCGAAGAACCUACAACUUCGGAAUCAGUUGAAGAAGCUCCGAAAGCAUCCGAAGAAAAGGAAGCAACUUCCGAGUCUGUAUCGGAACAAGCGGUCAAGGAAGCUGAAUCCGAGUCCGAGGCACUUCCUGAUACGGAACCCAACACCGAAUCGUCUCAAGAGGAACAACCGACAAGCUCUUCUCCUGCUGUUGUAGAAGAAAAAUCCGACGACGCCAUCAGUUCCUCCUCCGAGAAGAAAGAGGAGCAGGUUCUUCCUUCUUCCACCGAAGUCGAUUCUGCUGUUUCCGCUGUUCCCGAACAACCUACUGAAAAGCCAUGUGAGGUUGAAACGGUUACAAGCUCGGACGAAAAACCUUCAACCGAGCCCACUGUUACUCAGGAAGUUGACUCUACCCCAGAAGUUCCUGCCACUGCCGCUGAGGCUUCUGCGCCAGCAAAGGAAGAAGAACCGAUGGAAGUUGACAGUGAACCGGUUGUCGAAGAGUCCUCGAAGGUUGACGCUCCGGAACCACCGUGCACCAAGAAAGAAGCUUACCAAUGCACAGAAGAAAGCGCAGCAGCAACUUCGGAUGCCAAACCGCAAGAACCCACGGUGGAAGCAGCCUCUGAGCCGACUUCUGCGCCAGUUGCUGAAAAAGAACCCGCUCAGAAAGAUGCCGAACAGGAAGAUGAAAAGAUGGAAGUCGAUUCCGCUGCUCCGAGUCAGAGUAAACCGGAUCCGAAUGUCACAGAAAGCAUGAACACCACCAGUGAAGAGCUGAUUGAAUCCAUAGCUAAGGAUGACACUGCCACGGCUGCGGACAGCCAGAGCGAAACCACAGCCACUGUUUCCGAGCACAAUAAAAACUUGGAUGCCGGAGAAGCCUCUACCGAUGACUCGAAAGUAGAUGCCUCCAAAACUCUAGACGACAGUAUUGAGUGUUCCUUGCCCACUUCCAGUUCGGAUAAAAUGGCCGAUCGACUAAAGCAGCGACUGGAUCUCAUUUCCAACGGAAGCAGUACUCCGAAUGCUGCCGUCAGUUCCAGCAAUGUUUACAACUCCACCCCAAUCCAGAAGCAGUUUGAAAUCAGCUCGGAGAACGUCAGCAAAAUCUCGCACUCGGACAGUCAUCAAGCAGAUGAGGAUCAUAGUGCUAUUACGGUAGGUGACCAAUCUAUUGCCGAUGAGAAGGAGGCAGCUGUUGCUUCCACCUCUGGAACUUCGAAACCUCCUCCGGCGGAAGUCAAGCAAUUGGUGACCGAUACGAGUGACGACACAAGCGUAACGGUCAAAGACAGCAGCAGCUCGAAGACGGAAUCAUCUGAGGUCGACUCUUGCACAGCCUCUUCUGCUCUCAACACAGCUGAUGAAAUAAACCUGUACGCCACCAAUGCUAGAAAGUUCAACGGCAUUUCUUCAACUUCCGGUUCAGAGCUAGAAGAUAAAUCCACCGUCACUCCCACUAAUGUUUCUACAACGGAUACCCCCUCCACGGUGGUCAAUAAGCUGGAUCUCGUACCGGCCCUCACAUCGGACGAGGCAUUGUAUGAAGUCAAUGUUUGGUUCGACGGUGCCGAGUUGCAAUUUUUAUCCAUCGAGAAGAUGGAAAACAAAACUGUCGCAGCAUCGAGCGCGACAGCGGGUUCUACUCAAGACCUCACGGGAAUUGAUUCCUCCAAGCAGUCCUCCAACGGCAGCGUCGGUAGUUUGGGACCGUUUUCGCUUCCUCCGGCACGCCCUACAACUGAUUCAGCAAUGUCGCAUUCCACCGCCACCGAAGCAUCUUCCGGAACCAGUCAAAUUAAGGCUUCGCUACCGAAAAUGAAACACACUGUCCGGGGUGCCCAAGCAUUGGCCACUCUAAUGAUCGAAGAGUUUACCAAGAUCAAGAAGGCCCUUUCCAAGGAAGAUUCUGAUGCCGAGCCUGCUACACCUAUGAAAACGCCCAGGGGACGACCGGCAGCCAAGAAAACCAGCGCUACACCUGCUUCCGUACGAGGUCAGAAGCGGUCCCGUACUGAUUCAGAAACCACAGAGGAGGAAGCGCCGAAAUCGAAACAACCCGCCAAACAGGCAAAGAAGGGAGCAAAAGCAGAAUCGGAAGCAACCGAAACCGAUGAACCUGCUGUCAAGAAGGAAGACGAACAGUGCUGUCUCGCUCGGUGGUCGGACCGGAAGUACUAUGCCGGAAAGGUUGCUGGUUUCAAAGGAGACAACAAAUAUAUGAUCGUUUUCGAAGACGGUGCUUCCAAGGCGCUCGCCAGGGAUGUAAUUGUGUUUGGUGAAAAAGACACCUUGCCAAUCAUGGGUCAUUCAGUCCAUGCUCUAACCGGAGAUGAUACCUAUGAACCGGGUAUCGUGGAAGAAAUCAAGCGAAACGAUUCCAACGAAGUGGUGUACAGUGUGAAGAUCGACACCGGUAUCGUCGAGGUGACCUCCUCCGACAUGUAUCUCACCGAGGAACAAGCCAAGCACAUCAACAAGGCAUGCAAAGCGGCCGAGGGAGCAACCGACGAGAGCGCCUCGAUGCAGUCCCCUCAGACCAGUGGCAGGCGGGGCGCCAACACACCGGUUAUGCAAACGCCGGAAGAAGCAUCGGCGACGAGUGCCGAGAAGGGUUCCCGGUCAUCGCGCAGGCGAGGCGCAGACAAACCACAAACGCCGGUCACGCCGGAGGCUGGCUACUCGGGCGGUGUCGGUGCCAAGAAGGGACGUCGGGGUCGAAGGCUCUCGUAAACCCAUUUUGACGCAAACCCUGCGUUUUAGAAACCAGAACAAGUAGUUGACAAACUGCUAUAAAAACCCUACUACAAUAUGCAGAUAUAAUUAGAAACAACAAACAACAACAGUACACUUUAUAGUCAAUAGGGCAAACUAACUUUUAGCUAUAUUCCAAUCAUAAUCAAGAGAGCCGAGAGGUGAAGAAAAAGAGAAUCUGUGGACAAACAAACAAGAAUCAUGAUGUUUUAAAACAACCCGCCAGAGUCACCGCAACUAAUCGAAUAUUUAGUAUUAUCGAAUCAACGUAUAAUCCAAAUGAGAGUAUUCAAAAUUUAGUACGGAACGUAUCUAUCCAUGGUAGCCGAAGCAUUUAAACAAAAUCUGAAAAUGCAAUGCACGUUGCGAACAUCCAAAAGACACACCAUACGUGACACCGCGCGUAGGCUUAACAUUCGUCCAGAAUGUUCUGUGUUCUCUAGCAAACUCACCUCAACUCCAAGCAUUUUCGUGGUUGCAUUUAAAGUUACAGAGCAGAAGAAACAAGUAUGGUGAACAAAGCUUGACCAAUAGGCACACUGGUAGAAUAGCGCGAAAUGAAAUUGGUCAAAAUUUUUGGCAUUCCUUCAAACCAACAAAUUAUCACUGUUUAGAAUUUAGUUUUAUUCAAAUUAUAAUGGAUAGUUUCUUUCUUGGGCUGCUAAGAAAAGAUAAGUGUUCUCAUAUAAAUCUACGGCGGACAGCAGAAACUACUACCGUAUGUGCUAAAUGUGUACCAUUUGUAGCGCUAGGUUUGACGACAGGUAACGAGAGUAUUAGAUUUUAGAAAUCUAGAUUUUUUUUUGUAAGAUCAAAACUGUGCUUACUACACUAACAGUCUGUGUUUUUAAGAAUAAACAGAACAAUGCGCAAACGGUUGGGUUGUACGUAUAUUAUGCCUAUCCUAAUUUCUUCCACUUUGCCAACGUACAUUUAAAACGCUCGUGGCAAUUGUGCUAUACAUAAAUGGGUAAAAUCUGAUUAGUUUCUGUAAAUUACUGCACAAUUGUCUACGCGAAUCGAUCGGGCAUCGACUGAGCAACUCAGAGUCGUUUGAACUAUCAACGUGCGCGGGCGGACCAUGUCGAAUAUCCUUCACUUGUCAGAACUGUAAAACUCAACACAAUCUCUCCAUCGUAUGAUGCAAUUAAAUCGUGUAAUAGCAUUUAAGAGAAUAAUCAUCCAUCAAUUAAGCCACUCGUUUAGGCAGAGUAGAUCAGUGGGACCGAGCGAAUCCUUCUAGGAAUGUAACGGCACAGAUCCACCCCGACGCAGAUGUGUAAUUAUGCUAAACAAUGGGAAUAUGACAGAAGAGUAAAAAAUCGCUAUUAAAUGUUUCAAACCGGUGUGUGUUCUAUAGCGACAAUUGAUUGUACCGAAAUACUGGCUGGCACCGUAACAACCUAAUCGUAUUCUUGUUCUCUAAAAAAAGUACAUUUAGAAAGAAAACAAUUGGCACUAUCUCUCUAUAGAAACAUGCUAAAAUGUGUCGUCGCGGUGGUCCAAGUUUGACGACCGCUCGGUAUUAGAAAAUGAUAAGGAAGAAAUGGAACCUAAAAUCUCAUUCUCAACUGGUAAUACCGGUAUUCAACACACACAAACAUAUAUAAAAAGGGAAAUAAAUGAAACAAUAGAAAAUAGAAUAUUCAGUAACAGAAACUACAGACAAGACGAUGUGUGCUCUAAUGGAGCGCCAUCACUAGAAUGGGAGAAAAACUAUACUGGAAAUAGUAAUUUUAAAAAUUGGAGGAUACAAAAAUAAAAUCGUAAUUAUUCUUAACAAAUCACAAA